UUUAAAUGAUGUUGAGCGAUGUUUGAGUUCUAUAAAUAGGGUUCACCGCAGUUGAUUGUGAAGAAGAAAGUAAUAGAGAGUGAAAUGGGUGAGAAGUUAGAAGGUUGGGAGUGCAGUAGCAGUUUCCAGUGCUGUGGAAAUUUGUGGCCUAAGGCACACUAUCCUUCGAUGACGGCGGUGGAAGCGGGAAAGACGGUGGCGGAAUUAGAAGGAUCAGAGAGCAAAGUGGUUUUGUUCGGCGUUACGGGAAUGACGUGUGCUGCGUGCGCCGGAUCCGUUGAGAAAACCAUCAAACGCUUACCUGGAAUCCGAGAGGCCGUUGUUGAUGUCUUGAAUCAUAAAGCUCAGGUUCUUUACUUUCCUUCAAUGGUUAACGAGGAGAGGAUACGCGAGGCCAUUGAAGAUGCUGGAUUUGAAGCCAAAGUUAUUGAAGAAGACUCCAACUACACCUCAACUCAAAUAUGCCGCAUACACAUACGAGGCAUGACUUGUACCUCUUGCUCCUCCACUAUCGAAUCAGCUCUACAAUCCCUUCGUGGGGUGCACAAGGCACGAGUGGCCUUAACAACAGAAGAAGCAGAAGUCCACUAUGACCCCAAAAUCCUCACCCACAACUACCUAAUGGAAGCUAUACAAGGCACCGGGUUCGAAGCCAUACUAAUAAGCACAGGGGAACACAUGAGCAAGAUUGAACUUAAAAUUGAUGGCAUUAAAAACGACCAAUCCCUUGGUGCCAUUGAGCGCUCUCUCCGUUCAAUCCCUGGUGUUGAAACCAUAGACAUAUAUCCGGACAUUAACAAAAUUGCCAUAACUUACAUACCACACAUGACAGGACCAAGAACCUUCAUAGAAGUCAUAGAAUCCACUGGAUCAGGGUGUUUUAAAGCGGUGAUAUUUCCAAACGAUGAAGGAAGAGAAGCACUUAGACAACAGGAAAUUAACCGAUACUUCAAGCUUUUCAUAUGGAGUCUAGCUUUUACGAUUCCUGUUUUCUUGACAUCCAUGGUCCUCAUGUAUAUACCUGGAGUUAAACGUGUUUUGGAUGUCAAAAUUGUUAAUAUGUUGAAUAUUGGACUUCUCUUGAGGUGUGACUUUGCUACCCCGGUGCAGUUUAUCAUAGGUAGACGGUUCUAUGUUGGGGCAUAUAAAGCGUUGCGCAAGGGUUCUGCUAACAUGGAUGUGUUGAUAGCAUUAGGGACAAAUGCAGCAUAUUUCUAUUCUCUCUAUGUUGUGGAAAGAUCUGUUUUCUCUCGGCAUUUCAAAGGAAACGAUUUCUUUGAGACCAGCUCUAUGCUUAUUUCUUUUAUUCUGUUGGGUAAGUAUUUAGAAGUGUUAGCAAAGGGGAAGACAUCUCAGGCGAUUGCAAAGCUUAUGAACUUGACACCUGAGACAGCGAUCUUGUUAACUCAAGAUGAUAAGGGGGAUCCAUUAGUAGAUCACAUUCAACAUAAAUCUCUUCUACCGGAUCUUCUUCCAACGAUCUAA